AUGUCCGAUCCACCGCUCCUCACGCUCCCGAACGAACUCUUCCUCCACAUCUUCAGCUAUUUUAGCCCCGUAGACCUAGCUCCCAUCUGCCUCGUGAACCGGCGACUCAACACGCUCACCACCCCGCAGCUGUACGCCUCGCACAUCGCCGACCCAAACAUCUUCUGCUCACUCCCGAUCGCAACCAAAGUCCCGGCACGGCACACCGCACUCGUCAAGCACCUACACGUCUGGGGCCAGCACCCAACCUCCAGCACAGCGGCAUUCUCGCAAUGCGGGCACAUCACCUCGAUCCACUGGGACCUCGGGCCGGACCUGACUGACGCGCGGCACUUCAGCACCUCGCACCUGUCCUCGGCGUUCAUGAGCCGGAUCAGCACUUUGACCCUCGAGCUCACCACCUCCUUCCGCGGGAUGAUCCGGCGGACCUCGGGGGCGACCCGCACCUUCGCCUGGUUCGCGCAGUGCUUUGCGCGGUGCAGCCGGCUGCGCAAGCUAGUGCUCACGCCGACCUGGUACGAGCUGCCGCCGGUGGAGUUUAUCCCGUACAGUGGGGGGCCCGUAGCGCGCGAGCAGGAGCUCAUCGACGAGGUUGACGGGCUAUUCGGCGCGACGCUCGAGCACCUAGUGUUCCGGUGGUGUCCGCCGCUGCGCUACGCGGCGCCGAACAUGCUGCUGGACAGCCGGCUGAACGCCCCGGAGGCGGAGUCGUUCCCCGCGCUGCGCUUCCUCGAGGUCCCGUUCUCGUCCGGACUGUCCCCCGCGAGGAAACAGGAUCCUGAGAUCUUGCCGUCGUCGAAAAUCCUCUUCCACGCGUACCAGAUCUCGCUCCUCCGUCCGAACCUGAAGAUCCUCUCCCACGCCACAGCACCAAACGACCAGCCAACACACUUCACCCCACCCCUCGCCGACCUCCUGCACCUCCCCGCACACGACCUCGCCGCCUACCAUGCCUGGCUCCUCAGCACCUUCCCGCACUGGCGCGGCUCCUACCUCUACCCGGAAUUCCACCCGGCAGCCCUCACCCCCUCCCUCUGCACCGCGCUCCAAACCCUGACCUUCUCCGGGCUCGCGCACGGACUAACGCACUACAUCCCGCACCGCCUGAUCGGCCCACCACACGCCCUCAGCUUCGGCGCAAGCUUUUCCGCGCUGAUCACCGCGUCCGGUGCGGAACUGCGCUCGCUCACGCUCGAGACCCCGCCCGCAACCGAUGGUGCUGCGCGCUGGGUGCGCGUGCACCUGCCGCUGCUGGAAGCGCUACGCGCGCUCACCGUCGUGUCGCAUGGCGCGCCGGACGCGGAGACGGCGGGGAUGCUGGCUGCGGUUAGGGAAUUCUUGGGGCCGCUGCGGGUUAAAGAGUUGCGGCUGCAUGUAAAUGUUGAGGCCGAGGUGCUGGCGGAGGUACUGCGGGGUGUGCAGUUGGAGUGUUUGGAGGUUGUGGGGUUAGCGUUUAGGAAUUGCGGGAGUCUAUGCGGGUUUUGUGCGGUGCUGGAGGGGAUGCCGGGGCUGCGGGAGGUUAGGAUUGGCGGGUGGAGGGGAGGGAUCAAGGGGUUGGUGGGGGAGGGGUGGGAUGAGACACGGGAUGUGGCGAGGAGCAUGAUUGGCGAUGCCGUGCUGCAGGCUGUGCCGAGCGGGUGUAAAGUGUCGAUUGAUUUUCCAAGGCGGUAUGGUGGUGGUAACUAG